AUGGCAACGACAAAGUUUGAUGCGAAUACAACUGCAUUAGAAGUUGUUGAAAAUCUCAAUGUAAAUCUUGAGAAUAAAGUUGUGUUCAUAACAGGAGGAACAUCAGGUAUUGGUGUUGAAACAGCACGAGCAUUGGCAACGACGAAAGCACAUGUGUUUAUAACAGCACGAGAUAUAACUAAAGGAAAAGAAGUUGUUGAAGAAUUGAAGAAAACAACUGGAAAUGCUCAAAUUGAUGUUCUUGAACUCGAUUUAACUUCAUUAAAAUCUGUUGAACAAUGUGUUCAACAAUUUCGAACAUUUCAAUUACCAAUUCAUAUUCUCAUCUGUAAUGCUGGUAUUAUGGCAGUUCCAUAUUCGAAAACCGUAGAUGGAUUUGAAUCGCAAUUUGGUGUUAAUCAUCUAUCCCAUUUUUAUCUCGUGAAAUCUUUUUUACCUGAACUCGAAUUAGGUGCUCCAUCGCGUGUUGUUAUGGUUAGUUCAGUUUUAAAUAAAUUUCAAGGAAUCAAUUGGGAGGAUAUUCAAUGGGAACAAAAUUAUGACAAAUGGUUGGCUUAUGGACAAAGUAAAACAGCAAAUAUUUUAUUUGCUUUACAAAUGAAUGAAUUAUACAAAUCCAAAGGAAUUUCUUCGUUUGCAUUAAAUCCCGGUGCAAUUAUGACAAAUUUACAAAAUGUUCUGUCGAAAGAAGAACAACAGUCAAUGGGAUAUUUUAAAGACGAUGGAAGUUUAGCAGAUUUUUUUAAAAGCGUUCAACAAGGUGCAGCGACAAGUGUUUAUGCCGCUUUGGAUCCUCAAUUGGUUCAUUCCAAAGAAAUUUAUUUAGAAAAUUGUCAAGUUUCGAAUGUCGUCAAUGAUAACAAAACUGAAUUCGUUGGUCGUGCUACACACGCUGCGGACCUGAAUGAAGCAAAAAAACUUUGGAUUUUAAGUGAAAAUCUACUUGAGAAUUGCCGAAAAAGUUAA